AUGAGAGUGUACAAUAUUCUAGAUUGGUGGGAGUCGUGCUUUCUUGAGCUUAGUGAGAAUGAAGUGGCUGAGGUUAUUACUUUGUGUUGGGCCAUUUGGGGUGCUAGAAAUUCGCUUGUGGUGGAGGGUGAACUGAAGGAACCAGGUGCGGUGGUGCGUUAUGUGAGAAAAAUUGGUGAAGAAACUCUAGAAGCUAAAGCUAGUGGAUUGUGGGUGGGUGUUAUGAAGGUUAAUGUUGAUGCGAGUUUUAUUGGGGAGUUAGGUUGUGGGCUGAGGGCAGUGGUGAGGGAUGCUGGGGGGGACUUGAUUGCAGUUGGGGUCUCGCAGAACAAAGAAAAGUGGGAUGUGAAGGUGGCUGAAGUGAGGGAUGUGCUUGGGCUUUGCGUGUGGUUGCGGAGAAGGGGGGUACGUAGCAUUGGGGUGGAAGGUGAUUGCCUUCAGGUGGUCCAAGCAUUGAAGCAGAAAGACCAUGGUUUCAGUGAGUUUCAUCUGAUGUUAGAGGAUAUUUUUCAUCUUUGUAGAGAUUUUGAUUGUGUUUCUUGGUCUUUUGUGAAGAGGAGGGAAUAG